AUUUUAUGCAAAUUGUGGGCGUGCUCGCACUAGCCUGGUUUUUGGUUGGGAUCUUGGCGGACUGCAAUGUUUGCCAAACGAAUCAGGUGGCCUGCAUCAAUUCCACAUCCUUCUACUUGUGUUUUGGAGAUGGCACGCCACACACGGAUCAUAUUUACUCUUGCCUGGAAGGCACCGUCUGCACCGACAGGACGGCCAUCUGCCUGCAGGCAAGCGCCCAGCGGCCUCCCAGCUGCGGCGAUACCAGCAAAUGUGGCCAAUGCAGUGCAAAUCGCAACUAUAAAUUCGCCUGCCAGAGUCGACGCCUGUUCCAAAUGUGCUACGGUGCCACACAGCCGACGGGCGCGCUGGGCACCUGCCCGGCGGGCUACGUUUGCGAUGCCAGCACCGAUGUGGUCUGUGUGGCCGAGCGGGCUGGUCAAAACUACACCUGUGACCUAAACGACGAUCUGGUGAGCAGCCCCACAGAGGACACCACAGUGGCGACCACAGUGGCAACCACAGCCAAGCCCACAACGCCCAGCUCCCUGACGGCGCAGCAGGUGUGCGAGCUGAGGGCCAAGUCGGGACUCUACGAAACUGUGCCGCGCGAUCCCAACUGCAAACGUUAUAUCAGUUGCUACUUUGCCACCAGUGGCAAGAUAAUAGCCGUGGAAUACGAUUGCACGGCGAGCUCCUAUUUCGAGGCGGAAAAAGAACGCUGCUCCUACCUGUUGCCCGCCAACUGCACAGCUUGA